GUUGUUAUGGCAGCAACAAAUCGACCAAAUUCAAUUGAUCCAGCACUUCGUCGUUUCGGUCGUUUUGAUCGUGAAGUUGAUAUUGGCAUACCUGAUGCUGUUGGUCGUUUAGAAGUUCUUCGUAUUCAUACAAAAAAUAUGAAAUUAGAUGAUAAAGUUGAUCUUGAACAAAUUGGUAAUGAAACACAUGGUUAUGUUGGUGCUGAUAUAGCAUCAUUAUGUUCAGAAGCAGCUUUACAACAAAUUCGAGAAAAAAUGGAUGUUAUCGAUUUAGAAGAAGAUACAAUUGAUGCUGAAGUUCUUGCUUCAUUAGCUGUUACUCAAGAUAAUUUUCGAUUUGCACUUGAUCAAUCAAGUCCAUCUGCAUUACGUGAAACAGUUGUUGAAAUUCCAACAACAACAUGGAAAGAUAUUGGUGGUUUGGAAAGUGUUAAACUUGAAUUGCAAGAGCUUGUCCAAUAUCCGGUUAAAUAUCCAGAAAAAUUUCUUAAAUUUGGUAUGACACCAUCACGUGGUGUUCUUUUUUAUGGACCACCUGGUUGUGGUAAAACAUUAUUAGCAAAAGCUAUUGCGAAUGAGUGCCAAGCAAAUUUUAUUUCAGUUAAAGGUCCAGAAUUAUUAACGAUGUGGUUUGGUGAAUCUGAAGCUAAUGUACGUGAUAUAUUUGAUAAAGCUCGUCAAGCAGCACCAUGUGUACUCUUCUUUGAUGAAUUAGAUUCAAUUGCCAAAGCUCGAGGUGGUAGUGCCGGUGAUGGUGGUGGUGCUGCUGAUCGAGUUAUUAAUCAAAUUUUAACUGAAAUGGACGGUAUAGGUGCAAAGAAAAAUGUUUUUAUUAUUGGUGCAACCAAUCGACCAGAUAUUAUUGAUUCAGCUAUUCUUCGACCAGGUCGUCUUGAUCAAUUAAUUUAUAUUCCAUUGCCUGAUGAGAAAUCACGUUUUGCUAUUUUAACAGCUGCUUUAAGAAAAUCACCUAUAGCAAAAGAUGUUGAUUUGAAUUUUUUGGCUAGGGAAACCAAAGGUUUUAGUGGUGCUGAUUUAACAGAAAUUUGUCAACGUGCUUGUAAAUUAGCAAUUCGAGAGUUAAUUGAAAAAGAACAACAACGCAAUGAACAAACAGCAAUGGAUUCUGAUGAACCCAAUCCAAUAUCAGAAAUUCAUCGAGGUCAUUUUGAAGAAGCGAUGAGAUUUGCUCGACGAUCAGUUAGUGACGAUGAUAUCCGUAAGUAUGAAAUGUUUUCUCAAACAUUACAACAAUCACGUGGUUUUGGAUCACAAUUUCGUUUUCCUGAUCAACAACAACAACCAUCACAAGGUGGACAUCGUGGUCAAAAUAAUGAUGAUGGUGAUUUAUAUUCUUAA